AUGAAAAAACUGGCAUCUUUACAAGAUCCUCCUCCCAAAGCUUUGUGGAAUUCAGAUGAAGGAGAAGGAUACUACCAUGCCAACAUUAUACACUUGGAAGAUUCAUUGGAUGCCCUCAUUACAAGUUUAAGGACAAAAAGAGCUUCAAUGCCAUCCAUGAAUUUGUACCAAGACCAAUUAUCGAGUAGCAAUGCUGAAGAGGAAUCAACUCAAGUUGAGAAAUCUUUAAAGAAACAAGAAGAAGCUGAUUUGAAGAAGUCAGAACUGUUAGGAAAGAGAAAACGUGCGGAAGAAGUGUUCCAAGCAGCAAAGUCAUCUCGAAAACAAGCUUUUCGAAACUUAAACUUAAAAUAUGAUGAUGACAUCACAGAUAGUGAUGAUGAUGACCCGGAAGUGAUUCCGAAGAGAGAGUACGACCAGCUAAAAGCUGCAUACAAUUUUUCGGAGAAGGAGAACGAAAGGCUUGAAGGGAAGUUGGGUAAACUUCAAGAAGAGGUGGAAAGCCUGAAGAGACAAUGUUCUACUCUUCAGGAGGAAUGUGGGGAGGUUCGAAAGCUCAGACAAUUAAAUAUGGAGCUUCAAGAGAAGUUUUUAAAAUCUCCAGUUUCUCAAGGAGAAGACUUGUAUGCAACGGGCGGCUCUAUAGAUGGUGACAGAGAGAGUGAGAUAACGGAGUGUUGCAGGCUCUACAUUUCUCAAAGUUUCAACAUCAACAUUUAUUACAUCAAAGUAUAA